GCGGCCGCCGCUCAGCUUUAGAAAAAUCGCAUACGGAAAAAAACAAAAACAAGCGCAAAGAUGCCGCAGCCUCCAUCCCGCGCAAUAGCCUCCAAGGACCUGCCGCCAUCCGUCGAAACCGCAUACUACCGCAAAUGCAUCGAUCUGCGCCGCCGGAUAACGGAUAUCGAAGACAACAACGAUGGCACGCGCCUGCGGAUAACCCGUCUGAACCGCGGGAUCCAAAAGAUGCGCCUCGAGCGCGCAUUCCUGCUCGACCAACUAAACAAGCACAUGGAGUACAAUGUUGAUGACAGCGACCGGAGUAGCAGCCCGCCGCCCACACCGACAGACAAGCCACUGCGGAGCAAGCGGAGCCACAACAGAAAGGGGAGUCCGCCCCUUGGCGGCGCUAACAGUGCUACGGGCGGAGAGGGCGAGAGGCUGGAGGGCAGGUUAGGAGCGAUGAGCCAGGUGUCGCAGGGGAUGAAUGCCCUGAGCAGUGCGCAGAGUACGCCUGAUCCCGGACGGCCACAGAGCAAUUACUUCAGCAACGCCGGCAGCGGCAGCGCUGCAACAGCCGCGAGUCCCCCCAGCAGCGCCGCCAAUGGUGCGCCUGCGCCUGCACUUCCUUCACUGCAGGCUCUGCCGACACUGCAGCCCCAGCAACAAGCCCAACCGCAGGCUCAGGCACAGCGCCCCUUCUUCGACCCGGCAUACGACGAACAGCGUCCCGCGCCGGCGAGCAACGACGGAGAUGAAGGCCGGCGACGCGCACACUCGGGCGCAGCUCAACAGCCUCCAGCGGCUACAUCCGAGGCUGCUGCCCCACCGCAGAAUGGCGACACAGAGAUGACGGAUGCGAGCUUCACGGCCGUGAACCGGUAGGACGAUUCCACGCGCUGCGAAGAGUAUUGAUAAGGAAACACGACAUGCGGUAGCAAAGGCGUUGGAUGGUAUACGGGUGUAUUCGCCUUCACGGUGUCUUCUCUUUUUUUUAUUGCCCCAUAGGCUCUGCGGUCGGGGAGCGAGUGCUUAUGGCGCUUUUGGCCAUCUCGGAGUGUAUUAGUAGCAAAAGGGCACGUGUCUUUGUUUUGCGCUUUUGACGGCUGUCUAGGGACAUGUAGAUCCCGUUUAAUCAAUUAGAUUCCUGUUCAGC